GUUGAAGCAUCCCGGCAUCCCCUUAACGGCAGGCCGAUCACCUGACCAAUCUUCUGCUGCCUCUUCACGAAUCACCUAACAACCAACGCUCUUCUUGACUUAGCACCUUGUCAGAUACUAUGCGAGGAGGUUUUGAGAGUAUCGCUUUAGAUUUCCGAGGCCCCUCCCGUGCGGGCUUUCGACCAAGAAGGCUGCAAAAUUGUCGAUUAUACGAACCCAGAAUGCUCGGAGCCUUAUCUUUGAAAUCCUCGGGUCUUUGCUCCAUGCUGCAGCUCGGGUGUGUAACGUGCAUUUCGGAUGGCCUCCCUUGCUGCACUUAUCAGCCCGGCCCGAUAAGGCUAACCAUGACCCCAUUUCCCCCAGCCACUUCCUCCCUCCAGGGUCUUUUGGUGGUGAAAUCUUUGGUCCUUUUCUUGUGUAUCUUAUUAGAGUACCUCAGUCACCUUUGUCAUUUGUCACGAGUCAAAAUAUCACGCAGCCAUUGAAAGUGCUCGCGUCGGUCCUCGCGGGGUUCCUCACCGACACUUGGACGGGAUCUAGACGGGU